AUCCGGUUGGCAACACUGCUCGCAUCUCUCAUGUCAAAAAAUUUGAAUAUGGAACUCGCGCGCCCGAAUUAUCAUCCUAAAGAAAACUAUCUGUUUUAUUUUUGUCUGAGAAUAUUAUGUGGUAUAAUAUUAUUCUUUUGUAUUGUGCAAAUUGUAUCAUGUCCUAGGCAAUUAAUUCCUUGAAGUAAGGUUGUGAGCCUGCAGGAAAUAUUCUCGGAUAUGAAAAGAUGACUGUCGUCAAACAAAAGAGUUUUCAAGCAUUUUCAAUAACUGUCUAAUUUAGAGAAUUGAGAAACAUUUUCCAAAACUGAAUUGGAUAUUUAACUAUUAAUAAAAUGGUGCUCAGCAGGUAUUCAGUCCCAAAAUCAGAUUCAUCAGAAAUGUCAUCUAGCUCACAACAGGACAUCAUCAAAAAUGUAAUUGAAUUUUUGCAAUGUUUCAUCUGCAAAAAUAAGGUAUAUGAAACAAACAUAUGCCCACAUUGCUCUCAGCUUUUUUGUUGCUCGUGCAUCAAGAGCUGGAUCCUCACCAAAGGAAGUCGUUGUCCCCAAUGUAACACUCAACUCAACAUCCCACAACUUGUAGUUUGUCUGUGGGCUGACGAUAUGAUUAAAUAUCUGGAAGAAUUUCGACCAGAAGUUUGUUCAACUCAUUCAGAAGACAUGUCAAUUUACUGUGUUACUUGUAUAGGAGGAGUUUGUUAUCGAUGUGUUUUGUGGAAUGGCACCCACUCGGGUCACACAAUCAGACCAUUGAAGAAACUGUAUGAGAGCAAACUGAAACAUUUAGAAGAUGAAGUAGCUUCACUUGAAAAGCUAAGGGAUGUAACUGAUUUCCUUGCAGAGGAAACGGUUCAAAUUGAGUACAUUAAUAAUGUGAUGAAAAAUUCUGCUGAAUCUAGACUGAUCUCUAAAAGUACUGAACUAGAGAUCAUGAUAUCAGAACUCAAAAAAACAGUAUCAACUAGGAUUCCCGUACCAGAACCAGCAAACUCCCUUUCUGUAAAACCUUCAAAUUAGGGUGAUUCUCAUACCUAUGGUAUGCAUCCCCUUUCUCAAUUGCGACAAAAAGGAGAUCCUGUUUAUUCUAACUUAUUCUGUUCCAAUGGGUUAUGUUUGAGGAUGAUAGUUUAUCCAGAUGGUGUUGCGGACGUAGGAGGAAACUAUCUCUCAGUGUUCUUGGAGCUUUGCGCUAGGUACCGUGAAGCAUCCGAUUAUAGAUACAGUAUUAUUAUGAGAAACCAAGCCAGGAGGGACUCUUCAGAAAAUUGUGUCAGACGGUAUGUUUCCCAGUUUCAAGUAGGUGAAUCUAAAGGUGAUAGAAGAUUCUUCCGUCUUGUUCUCUUGGCUAGAGGAGGUUACUUUGACCAAAUUCUAGACACACUGGAACUGGCAUUCCAAAUUCCUAAUUUCUACCAAGUACGUUACAAUAAACAGUGGUGUAUAAUCCAGCUUGAUUGUAACCAAGCUGAAAGUUCAAAAAGUACUGGAAAUGUACCAUUAAAGGACCAGUAACUUAGUUCUGUCUGUUGACAUUCAGAGUCAAUGUCGUCUGUUGAGAAAUGGGAUCAUAUAAAUUCAUGUUACCUGUUCAGUUUGUUAAUUUAUUACUUUUCAUGUUUCAUAUUAAAUGAUGUAAGUAUGCAAAUUAUUGAAGAUUUCAAAAUAAAUAUCGAGUUCCAAA